ACAACUGUCAUUCUCUGUCUUAUUUUGGAAGUGUUCCUAAAACAUUUGAUAUGUAUGUUUUCGAGACAAUAACAACCUUUUCAUACUCUAUGAUGGCAACAUGUUCCAACAAAUGUGCAGAAAAUCCGAAAUGCUUGGCUGUGGACAUCUGUGAUUCUGACGAAGAAAAGUACUGUAGACUUGUAAAAUCCUUAAAUCUUACGUCUACAUCUACAGACGACUACAAAGAAACCUGUAAAAGAUACAAAAUGGUAAUUAAUUCGAGAUGUGGUGAUGAUAAACAUUUUGACAGAUCUCGCAACCAGUGUUUAAUGAAAAAUCUGUGCGAUUUUGAGACGAGCAUAGAAUCUUCAUGUUUCCUGACAGAAACAAACAGAGAUAUCUUCAACUGGACUAGACACUCAGGGACAACAAGUUCUGUUAGUACUGGUCCUAAUAGCGCUAAGGUCGGUACCUACUACAAGUACAUAGAAACAUCCUCACCUCGAGUCACCGGGGACAACGCAAAAUUGGUCAGCAAUAGAGUGUUUGAAGACAAAACAUACUGUCUUUCCCUGUACUACCACUUGCACGGAUCAACGACCGGAACUCUGAAGAUUCAGACCAGGACCGGAAAUGACACGGCAGUGACUCAUUGGGAAAAGUCAGGUGACCAGGGCAACCAAUGGUACAGCAUUGAUAAACUCAACCUCCCUCUGAAUAACAACACGGAG